AUGAAGGGCAGGCCCGUCGACGAGAUCGUGUACGAGUACAUGUUUCCCAAACCGCGGCCAACCGAUCCGCCCAACUUUAGUGCUCUUCUGCAACGGAGUUUGAUCUUGGAGGUCAGGCAGGAGGUUCAUUCAUUUUACGGUCACCUAGAUACUGCGGAGGCCAAGUAUCCCGGGCUCGACUACUGCCAUCCGAUCCAUCGUCUCCGCCUAAGCCGAUGGCCAUGGCACAGGCGCCUUUUCCGCGCCUUUAAUGCUCUCAGACUCACCCCCUUCGAGAUUGGCAACCUGACAAAGUGGGAAGGCACCAAGUGGGCGAAAGAGAGAUAUGAGCGGGAACAGGGCUGCCCCAUCCGCGACACAACCGCCGACGGUUUCCCCGACUGGGUGGAGCUGGAAGACCGAUUGCCACCGUUGACCCCGACGAUCGAGGAAGCGCCAUCGGUGCUGUCCAGCGAAAUCGAGGAGGAGGAGAUGAAUGCGACUUCGGGCGAAACAGACGACGUUGAGUACGACGAGAGCGACGAGACGAUAGAAAGCGUAGGCCCGGUUCUAAACGAACGACUGCGGGAGCGCAUCGCUCGUCGAGAAGCCGGUGACACCUCCACCGUGCUCGACGAGGAGUGGGAGCAAUGGCUGAAGAAUGCACUCGAGUCUGGCGAGCUGCCCGACUUGGCCGAUGCGAUUUUGCGAGGCAGCUCGACCACUGUCGAUAUCCCCCAAACGUGUCGGUCUUCCCGCCGAGUAUGCUGGAGGCCGCGAGGGCUGGGCACUGGCACGAGAUACCCGAAUUCCUGCACCCGAUGCUCAGAGGGGCUUGUCCAGGGGCCUCAGCCUGAACAACGGCGGUCAAAGCCCGACGAGUACAACGGUGCCCGGCGUCGCCGAAUCAGCGCCGAGACAAAUCCCAACCCUGCAAUCGCCGGCCUCUAA